AUGGACUCCCGGGGUGGUCGCCUGCUGAGGGGGGUGGGGAGCGCUUCCUCCGGAGGUGGCGGUGUGGGCGUGGCCCCGCAGGCCUCGCUGCAGGGUGUGGUGUGGCCGCCAGAGCACCUGAGCCAGGAGGAGUGCGCGACCCUCAGCCAGCGAGGAGAGGUGGUCCUGGAGCGGGGGGCGCCUGGCAGCCCCUGCGGCCUCACCCGCCGAGCCAUGGAGGCCCUCAUGGAGAAGAAUGUGCACGCCGUCCUGGACGUGGGCGUGGCCAGUGCCCGCGCCCUGCACGGGAUGGACAUCUUCCCCAUCAUUCUCCACGUCUCCAUCAAUGAGAAGGCAGCCAAGAGGCUGAGGAAGGUCCUGCAGAGACUGGGCAGCUGCGAGGAGCAGCUCCUGGAGGCGGCCCGGCAGGAGGAGGGCGAGCUGGACGCGGCUCCCUGCCUGGCCAGCAGCCUGGCCCCCGACGGCUGGGGCGACCUGGACGGCCUGCUGGGCUGCGUGCGCCAGGCCGUGGCCCAGGAGCAGAAGAAGCUGGUGUGGGUCGAGCAAGGCCCUGCUGCCCCCUGGAGACCCCGCUGA